UGGAUUGAUUGUGGUGUUUCUCUUUUUUCUUAAUAAUCUUGUGAGAUUAUUACAAGAAAGAGUGAAACAAUUGCGUUUUCUCGCUCUAAACCCCAACAAAACCCCUUCCUUUUUGUUGGGUUUUAAGAGUCUCAAUGAUGACAGCUAUUUGCCAAAAAUGUGGCGUCACAGGUUAUUCAGAACUUCUAAUAUACUGUGGUAUAUGCAAGAAAUCAGCUGAGCACAGGUACUGCAUGGAUAAAUUACCAGAUUUGAAAGAUAAAGAAAUACAUUGGUCGUGCGAGCAAUGCGAGCCAUGCGAGCCUAGGCCUUGCAAGAAUGUUAAGUAUCUUUUUCGACCCGUUAAGAAAAAUAGUUCUUCUACUGGUUGUAAAAAGAAAAAGCACAAAAAUACGAUGCUAAGUCAUUUAAAGAAGGAUUCAACUAUUGAAAAAAUAGAGGAGAAGGUACCAAAUGACUUUCAUGUUUCUUCGCUAAAGGAAAAUGGAAAAAAGAGGAGAAAGUUAAUACUAAAUGAGGAAGAUCAGUUUGAGGAAGGAAAUGACGCCAUUUCAUCAUUAGGACAUGCUCAGUAUGUCACAAACGAAGAUGAGAACCAAAUUGCAAAGAGCGAAACUUGUAUUCAAGUGCAAAUACAAAAUGAUGAAGCUGAGUGUACUCCCAGUGAGAAGUCAAAGGGGAGGAGGAGAAGGUUGAUAUUAGAAGAGGACGAGGAUAUAUCCGAUGAAGAGUAUCUAGUUAACCUUCUUGGUGCCAACAAGCCUUUAUUGUCAUUAAAAUAUGCUAAGGAACUUACUAAUCCUCCUGAUGAAGUUAUGGAUAGGCUUGAUGUUGAAAGUUCCAAGGCACCUACUCUUGCCGAACUAACUGUUCACGUGGAAAACCAAGAUGCUCGAUUGAAUAGGCUUGAGACUGAAUGUUCGGAGGAACUUACUCUCCCUGACCCGAUUGUUCGAGAGGAAAACCAAGAUGCUCAAUUGAAUAGGCCUGAGAUUGAAUGUUCCAAGGCACCUAAUCUCGCUGAACCAAUUGGUCAUGUGGAAAACCAAAAAGCUCAAUUGAAUAAGCCCGAUAUUGAAUGUCCAAAAGCACUGACUCUCUGUCAACCAAUUGUUCACGUGGAAACUCAAGAUGUUCAAUUGAAUGUGCCGUGUAGGUCGGAAACAACGAAUCAGCCCCUUUACUUUCCCGCAAAACCAGAUCGCUCUCGAAUUUGGAGUGGAUGCUUUCAGAUUGGCGACAAAGAGUAUGGCCUGCUCUCUGCGCACUUGUCUACAAAAGCAUGUGAGAGAGUGUCUAAUAUUUCCAAAACUUUGCCGCCAAUUCUCCGUACGAUAAAGAUUUCAAGGUUGGAUUCAUGGCCAAAGAGUUUCCAGACUUCACCUCCAAGUGACGACAAUAUUGCUCUCUUUUUCUUCCCAGACAAUACAAGGGCAAAUCCGGAGUUGGAUCAUCUUCUCGCUGAUGUCAUUGAUCAUGACCUUGUUCUGAAGGCUGUGUUUGAUGAGGCUGAGUUGCUUGUGUUCUCUUCUCUUGUACUGCCAAUAAAUUACCACAAAUUUGGUGGAGGGUACUAUCUUUGGGGGGUUUUCAAGCGAAGAGAAGUUUGCUCCGAUCAAAUUACGCGAAGGGAAGACGUACAAGAAAUUUCAAAGCAAAGUGAGAAACAAUCUAUCGAAGAUCACACCAACCAAUUCUCUGAUCUCCAAAAUUCAACCCUUUCAAGGAAGCAAGUGGUGGCAAGCUCAAAAAGCAAAGAAAGAGGAGGGAAGCUCAAAUUGCGCGAAGUUUGCUGCUCCGUCGGUCGCAAAAUUAGCGAAAGAGAGGAAGGGGAAAUUGGCAAUAAUGAUAUAGAAGAUGAUCAAGUAGUUAAUUAUGAGUUUGUGAGGGAUGAUGAUGGGCAAGAUGAUAGUGGUGAGUGCUUGAACUUGUUCCCAUUGCGGAUGGAGGACAUGAAAUUUAGAUGUCGAGCGGGGGUGGGUGAUGAAGUCGACCUCGAUCUAGGGCUUCGUCCGCCCUCUAGUGCCGAUGCUCGGUCAGGAAGUGCCGUAAUUUUCUAGACUAGUAAUCUAAAUGUACUUUCCUAGGCAUUCUCAAAUGUAGUUGAUGAGUUAAAUUUUACAUAGAUGUUAGUUAGUAUGAAAAGCUAAAUCACGCACAAACAAUAAUUUUUGUUAUGCUGGCUCAUCAGCUGCAUAUUGAAUGCCUUUCAAAGUACAUAUAGCAUUACUCGUUCUAGAUUUUUGUAGUUAGAAUUUUCUCUUUCUUUGUUGUAUGUGGUUCCUUUGUUUACAUGACAGGUAGUUUCUAAUAAUUAAUAUUCCUGCUUGUGGGUGGGAGGAUUUCUUUCUUAA